AUGUGGAGGACGACGGAGCCAACGCGCGAGCAGCUGAGCGAGCAAAAACGACCAGAGCAACCACAGCACCAGCGAGGGGGUGAGGUGGCGGCAGCAGACAGUCGUCUGGACGUGGCCGGAGGAACCUGUGGAGGAGACGGCGGCGGCGGAGGAGCCCCGAAUCUGGGAGGAGAGAGGUCCCCGGGUGAACCCACUGGACCCCAGGACCCGCGGCAGACCGGAGCAUUGGGCCCCACCGACACCGGCACCGGACCGAGGACGCCAAGCACCGGGCCGGCGACGCCAGCGCCAGCAGAGACAGAGAGCGCGACGGCAGCCUCGGAUCCAGACGAGCCGCUGGAACGGGGGCCCUGGGUGUGGCCCGAACCCGUGGAUGGUGGCCGACCUCCGCUCAAGCGGCAGCACUCUGCGCCCGAAGUGUCCGAGGUGGUGGCACGUCCGAAGUUGUCGCGGACGGUGUCGGCGCCGGGGGGCCAGCGGUGGCGCGCGAUCGAGGAGCACGAGUGGCCCGAGGGGAUCGCGGAGACACCGGCGGUAAGAGAGGCCCGCAUCCUGGGCGGCAGGGGCAGCGUGCGCAUAAGGAGAGAUGGGCGCGCGUUCCGGGUUACGUUAGGGGUCGCGGGCACGAGGGUGUUUGAGGAGCAACCGAAAUAA